AUGGCCUCUAUUAGAUUCUUGCAGAGAUUCAAGAGAUCGGCCUCCGAAUUCAAGACUUUUUCGCGUCUCGAUAGCUUUAGCACACCACAAAGGCGAGGAGCCUAUGCCCUUCUCGCUGGUUUCAUCGUCGGAGCUGCAGGUGGAAGUUUUCUCAAACUGAAGAAACUCGAAGAUGCAAAAGGGCAUAUCGUUGCUUAUGCCGAAGGACGAGAGCCUUUGUCGCGCAAAUCAUCGAUUUUAGACAAAGGUGCAGAAUUAGUACAGAGCUUUAAACCUAUCGAUCAGAUUCAUCAACAUCUGUGUGGAUUUCAGUUUUAUGCCCAUGAUAUGAACAGACAGCUGGAAGUCCACCAGUAUUGCUCGCAUCUUAGUGAAGACAUGCGUCAAUGUGUGAUGUACGAUGCGCCGAGCAAAAAAGGGCGCCUUAUCGGUGUUGAAUACAUUAUAAGCGAUAAAUUGUUCGAAAGUCUACCCCCAGAAGAGAAGAAAUUCUGGCACUCUCAUAACUACAGCGUCAAAUCUGGCCUCUGGGUCAUGCCAACCGGUAUACCUGACAUAAUACACGAACCAGCAGAACGCGCCGAGUUGGCAAGUCUUGCCAAGACUUACGGAAAAUCAUUCAUAUUUUGGCAAUUUGACAGGGGCGAUCGGCUUCCGCUUGGACCUCCUCAGUUAAUGAUGAGUUUCACAGAUGAUUGGCAGUUGGACCAACAAGUAUUUGCACGUAGAGACGCAAGAUAUCAUUUGAAUACUGAAGCGAAAAGAGAUGAAAGAAGACGUAUCCCGGACAUGAAGGUCGACCCUGAAGCAGAUCAUUGGAAGUCUGGUAAAGCGUGGCAACCUCAAAUGGUCAAAGUACCUUUCAAGGACGUGACCUGA